AUGGCAGCAAGCGAUUUUAAAUUAUUUGGUCGUUGGGGUUAUGAUGAUGUAAAUGUUUCUGAUCUUUCUCUUGUUGAUUAUUUAUCUAUUAAAGGGAAGGCUGCUGUAUUAACACCACAUACUGCUGGCAGGUACCAGAAGAAGAGGUUCCGUAAGGCAUUAUGCCCAUUAGUAGAGAGAUUAGUAAAUUCAUUAAUGAUGCAUGGAAGGAAUAGCGGCAAAAAAUUAUUAGCUAUAAGAAUUGUACAGCAUGCAUUUAAUAUUAUUGCUCUUAUGACGGAUAAGAAUCCCCUGCAGGUAUAUUACUAA